GGCUCUGGUCAUUCACUACACUGCGCGCACGGUGGAUCACGUGACUCACAGGUUGUGAUGGCUUCCUUCGCUUACUGUGACAACACGCUUUGAGAAAAACAUGGGCUUCUGCGAAUUCUUCAGUCAAACCCACGAGUGUCCUCUCAGAAUUACCCUUCAUGUUAGUGGAGGCAGACAGAGCGUGACAAAGAAAAGAGGCGCUGAUUUGGAGAAGAGGCCGCGAUGUUUCUGUUUCAGUUACCCGAAGAUGUGCUAUUUCUCGUCCUCUCCUACCUGGAUCCCAGAUCGCUCUGCCGCCUCUCUCAAGCGUGCAAGAGAAGCUACAUGUUCAUCUCCAGAGACGUUGUUUGGAGGAAAAUAGCUAAAGACAUUAUUAACACUGGCUUGACACGACAAGGAAUAGACUUGUGUCCUUCUAUUCCUCUUAAGAACAGAGUGAGGGUGUCCCACAACUGGAUCCAUGGAGUCUGUCGUAAAGAAGUCCUUUUAAAAUGGAAAAUUAACCUCCUCGUCACCUUAAGCCCCAAGAUACAGAUUGAACUACAGAAUAAACGUGCAGCAAACAUCAGUGCGUACCAUCUGAGAGCUGACGGGGGAAAGUUACAGAACAGACGAGUGGCCCUGUUCUCCGGACACCAAGAAGAUGUGUGCAGAUUCACUCUGACAGACACACACCUUAUCAGUGCAGGAGGUGAUGGUAAAAUAAUUGUUCAUGACAGAGGAAGUGAUUACUCUGUGGAGUAUUAUGGCCAUAAUCAGGAGGUGAACUGCAUUGACUGUAAAGGGGGUGUGAUAGUCAGUGGCUCCAGAGACAAGACCGCCAAGAUUUGGGCUCUGGGUCCUGAUAGAUUUGGACAAUGCUUACAUACAAUCCCCACAUAUGACAGAGUGUGGUCGGUGGCCAUCAGUCCAUCUCAGUGCAACUUUGUGACAGGAACAGCCUGCUGUGAGAAUUUUGCUCCUCUUCGAAUCUGGGACACAGAAAGGUGUCACCUGUUGUCGUGUCUCGGUACAGAGUUCCGCCGUGGCGCAGGUGUGUUGGACAUUGCCUAUGAGUCUCCCUUCCAGCUCCUCACCUGUGGAUACGACACUUUCAUCCGCUAUUGGGAUUUGCGCGUCUGCUCCAGGAAAUGUGUGAUGGAGUGGGAGGAGCCUCAUGACAGUGCCCUUUACUGUAUAAAGACAGACAAGAAUCACAUGAUUGCCAGUGGUUCAUCAUACUAUGGAGUAGUCCGCCUUUGGGACAAACGGAAAACCCGCUGUUUACAGAUGUUCCAGUUGGCGCCCACCACCAGCAGCCCAGUGUACAGCCUGUGCUUCAACACCACACAUCUGUACGCUGCCCUGGCCUCUGUCCUCUACUCCCUUGACUUCAGAACUGCAGCGUCCCAGUCCUGGAAAUAACCAUAACUUAAUGUUGCUUGAGACUUGUAGGCUCGUUCUUCAUCUCCUCCAAGCCCUUAGUAAUGGUCUAAGACCCUUAAAUGGGGAAGUAGCCAUCUUGGCUUUGGCUAAUUGGUGCAGCUAAUGAUACAGUUGUGACCUGUUGGAUAUUUCCACAGGCUUAUGAGAGCGAGCAGGGUUCACGACCUUUUGUGGCCCGAGUCUUAACGGACUUAACACAUUGCCAGCGACCUCUGAGAUCUCUAAAACAAACACUGCUCAAAGCUGCCAGCAUCCACUGCGGGGAUUUAAGCUUCACCACAGCACAUAUGAUAGCUGAAAGUAUAUUUUUCCAACAAUGAGCCAAUUAAAUGUGUUUUGUUUUCUUUG